UGUUGUUAUGUUGGUAAACGAACUAGCAGACGCCUCUCUGUCUGCAGAGAAUGUGGUGUUUCUGUUUUAAUUUCUAUUUCUGUUGUAUUUUUCACAUUGAUUGUUAAUGUGAAACAAUAUAUGUGCUAAAUAACUCAUUUCAACUUCGCUACCCAUAUAAAAUGAAAAUUAGUACAAACCAAGUGCUAGGGCUUUACCGAAAUUUAUUGAGGUAUGGUCAGCAGCUUAAAUUCACUGACCAAAACUACUUCAAAGAAAGGGUGAGAGAAGAGUUCCGCACCAAUCGAAACGUGACAUCAGAAGAUAAAAUAGAGUUCUUUUACAAGAAAGGUAAAAGCCUUCUUGAAAGGAAGCGGAUUGUGUAAGAUGUUUAGGCUAAGUACUAUCUUCAAAACUGUUGCUGAGUCUUCUGCCGUCAAAGUGCCUUUUCGACUCAAAUUCACCCCUGAUACCUCUAAGU